AUGCGAGGUAAGCGGGCUACCAAACCAGGUUUCUGGGUCCCAUUCGUAUCGUGUCGAACCUCCCCCGCUGCUGCUCCGCUUUUUCAACAGCCGUCACCGAACUUCACCGCAUCCCCAGCCUUUCCUACCAUGUACCCCGUUGCAAACAACACUGAUUUUGUUUGGUUAGUUUCAGCACAAAUUGAAGUGAUUCCGUGUAAAGUUUGUGGUGAUAAAUCCUCUGGAGUGCAUUAUGGUGUUAUUACUUGUGAAGGAUGCAAAGGAUUUUUUCGGCGUAGUCAAUCGACUCUCAACAAUUAUCAAUGUCCCAGGCAACAGAAAUGUAUCGUUGAUCGAGUGAAUCGGAAUCGAUGUCAGUAUUGCCGUCUGAAGAAAUGUCUGGAACUUGGAAUGAGCCGAGAUGCGGUGAAAUUUGGCCGAAUGAGUAAAAAACAACGUGAAAAAGUGGAAGAUGAGGUCAGAAUGCACAAACAAAUGGCGGAAGUUCAAGGAAUUGCAUAUUCUCCAUAUGGUGAAUAUUCGCCUCCUGCUCCCAUACAUCCACCCGCUGCUUACAGUAAUAAUUAUGAGCCAUCUGUGGCUUACGCUGCAAGUUCUUACACAACCAAUGCCGCAAGCUAUGCUGCAGCUGCACCCGUUAGCUAUCCUUCUGUUCAGGGACAAGGUUAUUCAAUCGCUCAACAGGCAGCGGUACCUGCUCCUAGUGGUGGAUAUCCUCAACGUACCGUUGGCGCAUCUCAGCCUGAUGAAGAUUUAAUUGCGGGUGUUACAGCUGCAUUUGAUUCAGCACAUGGUCCUCCUACGAUUACAACGGCAGAUCGAUUAGCUGCUUCAUCAACAAGUACGUUCACCGAGCAACAGUACCGCAACAUGAACAGGUUCGAUGCAUGGAAGAAAUUUGCGGCAGAGCUGACUCGGAUAAUUCAAUGUAUUAUUGAGUUUGCAAAAAUGGUAGAAGGUUUUAUGCAAUUGAGUCAGGAAGAGCAAAUUGCGCUACUGAAAGGAUGUGUUUUCGAGCUUUCAGCAAUUGUCGUUACCAGGCACUACAAUCCUGAAACUACCUCGCUGAUUCUCAGUCGAGAAGUCUUUCCGGCAUCCAUUUUUCGACCUAGCGAGCAAGCUGAAUUAAAUUUUUUUCUCGGAAUGCACAGUUGCAUUCAUGAAUUAGCUCAGUUGCGGUUAACGAGCACAGAAAUGGGUUUACUUUCCGCUUGGAUAUUACUAGAUCGUUCUUCACUUGGACAAUAUGUUGUUGAACAAUUCAGGAAUUGUUUGCAGCAACAGAUCGCAGCAAGAAUAGCUGAUUCUGGUCCAUUGAUGCAAAAAUUGUGUGAAAUAAUACAACGCCUACGCGGACAUGCUCAGGAACAUAUUCGUUUACUGGGACAAUUAUUUACCACACAUCCACAAGCAACGGAAAAAGGUGCGCUACCGGAUUUAUAUAAAGAACUCUUCUCACCACCAGCAUCCUGA